UGUGGCGGUUCCCCGCCCCCCCACAGCCGGAGUAGCGUCACCCUGAGCCGAGGCAGCCGCUGUGGCAGCAGCUGAGGCGGCGGCGUCCGACCCUGUUGCGGUCGGGGUGGCGGUGCGGCCGGGCGGGGAGCGGCGGUGCGGCCCCGGAGCGGCGGGCUAUGGUGCGGCGGAGCGUGCGGACGUGGCCAUGAAGGAGGAUGGAAGGGCAGCCAGACGAGGUGUCGGCGCGGGAGCAGCACUUCCACAGCCAAGUGCGGGAGUCCACGAUAUGCUUCCUCCUCUUUGCUGUUCUCUAUGUUGUUUCCUACUUCAUCAUCACAAGAUACAAGAGGAAAUCAGAUGAACAAGAAGACGAGGAUGCCGUAGUCAACAGGAUAUCGUUGUUUCUGAGCACCUUCACUCUCGCAGUGUCAGCUGGGGCUGUUUUGCUUUUACCCUUCUCAAUCAUCAGCAAUGAGAUCCUGCUUGUUUUUCCUCAAAACUACUAUAUUCAGUGGCUCAAUGGCUCCCUGAUUCAUGGUUUGUGGAACCUUGCUUCUCUGUUUUCCAACCUUUGUUUAUUUGUGUUGAUGCCCUUUGCCUUUUUCUUUCUGGAAUCAGAAGGUUUUGCUGGCCUGAAAAAGGGAAUCCGAGCCCGCAUCCUGGAGACCCUGGUCAUGCUGCUGCUGCUUGCCUUGCUGAUUCUCGGGAUGGUGUGGGUGGCUUCUGCCCUGAUCAACAGCGAUGCUGCCAGCAUGGAGUCUUUAUACGAUCUCUGGGAGUUCUACCUACCUUACCUAUACUCCUGCAUAUCACUGAUGGGAUGCCUGUUACUUCUCGUGUGUACCCCAGUCGGCCUUUCCCGAAUGUUCACAGUGAUGGGUCAGUUGCUGGUGAAGCCAGCGAUUCUUGAAGACCUGGAUGAACAAAUUUAUAUGAUCACCCUAGAAGAAGAAGCACUCCAGAGACGACUAAUUGGGCUGGGGCUGUCUCCAUCAGGGGAGUGCAACAUCAUGGAACUGGAACAAGAACUUGAAAAUGUGAAGAGUCUUAAGACAAAAUUAGAGAGGCGAAAAAAGGCUUCAGCGUGGGAAAGAAACUUGGUAUAUCCUGCUGUUAUGGUCCUGCUUCUUAUUGAGACGUCCAUCUCAGUCCUCUUGGUGGCGUGCAACAUUCUUUGCCUGCUGGUUGAUGAGACAGCAAUGCCAAAGGGAAGAAGGGGGCUGGGGAUAGGUAAUGCCUCUCUCUCCACCUUCGGAUUUGUGGGAGCUGCCCUUGAGAUCAUUCUGAUUUUCUAUCUCAUGGUGUCUUCCGUGGUUGGUUUCUAUAGCCUCAGACUUUUUGGAAAUUUUACCCCUAAGAAGGAUGACACAACCAUGACAAAGAUCAUUGGAAACUGUGUGUCAAUCUUAGUCUUGAGUUCUGCUCUGCCUGUAAUGUCCAGAACUCUAGGAAUCACUAGAUUCGACCUACUUGGAGACUUUGGAAGGUUUAACUGGCUGGGGAAUUUCUAUAUUGUGUUAUCCUACAAUUUGCUCUUUGCCAUUGUGACAACGUUGUGUUUGGUCAGAAAAUUCACCUCUGCCGUCCGAGAAGAGCUUUUCAAGGCCCUAGGGCUUCACAAACUUCAUUUAUCAGAUACUUCAAGGGAUUCAGAAGCUACAAAACCUUCUGCAAAUGGGCAUCAGAAAGUACUGUGAGACCUGCCUGCCUCAGCAGUUCUGCAGCAAGCCCUGAGGACUCCUGACUCCAGACAUUCCGCAGACACUGAGAGCUCACAUGGGCCCCCCUGCCUGCCUGUCAUUGCCACCUUCUCAUCAGCCACUGAGAACUUGGCAGUGCUGAUCUUGUUUCUCAGUUGAAUUUGCAGACAGAUCCCACAGCUCUGGUUAAACCCAGUGUCUUAAAGACCAAGGAAAAGCAGCUUUCCUGCAGAUGCCCUUCAGCAAAGAGCCGUUGGACGAGCGCUCUCACAGACGUGAAGACGAGGUGAAGACGUGAGAAGAGGCGGACUCCGUGACUUCCUCAUGCUUUGCCUGAGCAGGAGUUUGGUUCUGCAGGUGGAGCCCGCCUGAGGGUUGCCUGGUGCCGCCAAAGCUGCUUUAGAAAGUCACAGAAAUAGCUAGACCAGUUACAAACUAUGUUCUUAUUUCCUGAAAAAACAAAAGCAGAGUUUCUGAUUCCUGUUAGAGAAUCUUCAUUAGACUUCAAGCCAAUGGAAAAAUAGGAAAUUCUUUUCAAACCUGAGGCUUGGUGGGUAGCCCCAGGACAAUCUCUGCACAGUGUGGUAAGCUGAGGUAGGAAGUGUGUGUGAUCCUUAGUUGCGGAUUAGUGUACCUGAUAUUACCUCUCACAGCACAGUUGCUGGUGUUGUACACACUUGUAACUUAGAUUUUGCCUUACAAGGCCAUAUGUACACUCACUUUUUAAACCACAUUUUUUAAAAAUGACUUCAUUCCUGUCCUUCUGUGAUGCCUGUGGAACCUCCAGAAGUUGAGUGGUAGAUGCCACUUCUGCCUCACCUUCUGCUUUUGGUUUUGUAUGCGCUGCUCUGACUUAUGGCAGUUAACAGAGUAACAACACCUAGGUCUCCCAAGGUCAGACCUCCCUGGACGAACAGGGCUGCAGUGCAGCCUGAUCUGACCAUUAUUCAGGGACUUAGAUGUAAUUGUUGGGACAGUUUCCUCAUACAACCACAUGUUCUGGUACCUGUCCCUAAGGUCGUGCACAGUUCACAGUGAUGCAGCCUGUGGGUAUACACAUGUACUGUGUGGAUGGCAAUAUAGGGUCUGUGUUCAGACAGAAGUAAAACAUUUUCUCAAAUUGUUGAAUUUAGUUUCUUUUAUAGAAAUUUAUUAAAAACAGGCUAUAUCUGAUGCAAAAAUUUUCACUUAGAAGCAAAAUAAUGUGAAAUUUAGCCAGUACUUUCAUAAGCCAUUGAGGAGACUUCUUUACCCACAUGGUGGCAUCCCUCUCAUGCUCUGUCUUCAAAGUGCAGCUUAGUUUUAAGAUAAAGAAGCAUUUGUGUUGUGGUUCUGAGUGACUCAAUCCAUAUCUCCAGUCUAGUUUCUGUGAAUUUUUGAGCAUAAGGUCUACAUAGGUACGCAAUAAAGGUCAGUCGCUUUCAAACCUCUCUGUUUGUUAUGCCUACUUUCGCAUUAGUUCCAAGCUCUGCUGUUUCCGCAAACUUGAAAUUCACGCUCUGAGCAGACCAAGUCAAGGGGUGUUAUGAGGGCAAUUCAGGAUUUCACUGAAAUUACUUUAACCUCACACCACUUUAGGACACAUCAAUGCAGAGCUCCUGGGAUCUGUAAGGCAAGAUGUCUGAAAAUUUCAUAAAGUAUUAAACUUUUCAACAUCUGUCUCAA